AUGAAUCCACGAGCCGACAGGCUAGCUAAGCUGGCUAGCCAACGGAAACCAGGGCAGUUGCAUAGCGUGGUUCACCAACAAAUCAUCCAACCUAGUGUCGCCAAACAAGAAUGCAUGGACAUAGAAAAAUCAUCCCAUAAUUGGAUGACCCCACUCAUCCAGUACCUCACUGACGGCAGCUUACCAGAAGAUAUAGCUUCAGCUAAGAAAAUAAAAGUACAUGCAGCCAAAUACCUUCUUCUCGGCAAAGAAUUGUAUCGAAGAGGAGUUUCAACACCCAUGCUUAAAUGCCUAGACGACGAUCAAGCUAAUUACGUCAUGAGAGAAAUCCAUGAAGGUAUUUGUGGUACCCAUUCGGGUGGACGAACUACGGCAGCAAAAGUACUCAGAGCCGGAUACUACUGGCCAACAAUAACUCAAGACUGUCAUUUGUUUGUAAAAAAAUGCAUUCCCUGUCAACAGCAUGGUCCUCACCUGCACCAACACGCCGAUACUCUUUGCCACAUUAGCUCUCCCUGGCCCUUUGCUAUUUGGGGAAUGGACCUCCUCGGUCCUUUCCCUCUAGCAAAAGGGCAAUAUUGUCGGUUCAAUGAGUUUCUGGAAGGCCUGCAUAUCAAACACAGAGUUACAUCUGUGAAACAUCCUCAGACUAAUGGCCAGGCCGAGGCCGCAAAUAAAGUGAUCUUACAUGAAUUAAAAAGAAAGUUAGGUUCGGUAAAAGGAGAGUGGGCAGAGAAACUGCCUGAGAUAUUAUGGGCUUAUCGGUGCACACCGCAAACCACAACAAAGGAAAAUCCCUUUCGGCUUACCUAUGGUAUUGAUGCCAUGGUGUCAGUGGAAAUUGGGGAACCCACAUUCCGGAGGGAGAAUUUCAAGGAAUCGGCUAAUGAAGAGGCUCUGGCCGUCAACCUGGACUUAAUAGAUGAAAUAUGUGAUCACGCUGCCAUUAUGACCGAGGCUAGUAGAAGAAUGAUGGCUAGAAAAUUCAACUCCAAAAUCAGUCCACGACAAUUUUAUAAAGACGACCUAGUAUGGCGAGUAACCGGAGACGCACGCAAGGAUCGGCGAGAAGGAAAGCUGGCAGCUAACUGGGAAGGCCCCUUUCGGGUAACAGCAAGAUUAAAUAACGGAGCAUACAAGUUGAAAACAUUGGAAGGAAAGCUAAUAUCGAGGACCUGA